ACCUUGAUCGACUGGCUGUUCGAGAAUCACAUUGUUUCGGGUUUCAGGUGUCAGCGGUCUGAUAGGUGGAUGCCGCGCCCUUCCGCAGGCAGCUAAUGGGCUAGUUCUCCGCUGUCUGGGAGUGAUACGAGAAAAUGGGUUCGUGUAUGAGCUCCGAGGCGACCGGCGAUGUCGAGCAGAAGCGGAAGAGCCAGGCUAUCGAUCGCAAAAUAGAGGAGGAUUCGAGGCGACUACGGCGAGAAUGCAAGAUCCUACUACUCGGCUCCGGAGAAAGCGGGAAGUCGACAAUUGUUAAACAGAUGAAGAUCAUCCAUCAGAAUGGCUACACGGUCGAAGAGUUGUCGUUAUACCGUCUGACAGUCUACAAAAAUCUCCUUGAUUGCGCCAAAUCGCUCAUCGCCGCUUACCACCAAUUCUCUCUUGAGCCUUCGAGUCAAAAGGUCCGCGACUAUAUCCAGUACAUUUACGAUUAUAAUAUCAACCCUGAUCCCAAUGUGCCGCUCGACAGCAAGCUAGGGGAUGCGAUCACCUACCUCUGGAACGACCCGUGUACGUCGACGGUAUUAGAACACCAGAACGAAUUUUACUUGAUGGAUUCCGCACCAUAUUUUUUCGAGGAAGCCAAACGAAUAGCCGCUCCUGAAUACAUUCCCAGUGUGAAUGAUGUGCUUCGCGCGCGAACGAAAACCACCGGUAUCUACGAGACUCGAUUCACAAUGGGUCAACUAAGCAUACACAUGUUCGAUGUAGGCGGCCAGCGCAGUGAGCGCAAGAAGUGGAUUCAUUGUUUUGAAAACGUCACAUCCAUCAUCUUCUGUGUGGCGCUUAGCGAAUAUGACCAAGUACUACUAGAGGAAAGCAAUCAGAAUCGAAUGAUGGAAAGCUUGGUGCUUUUCGAUUCCGUUGUCAACUCCCGUUGGUUCAUGCGAACGAGUAUCAUUCUCUUCCUCAACAAGGUCGACCUUUUCCGACAAAAGCUCCCUCGUUCACCCUUAAACAACUACUUCCCUGAUUACUCGGGCGGCAAUGAUGUAAACCGAGCCGCCAAGUACCUUCUAUGGAGAUUCAAUCAAGUCAAUCGCGCACAUUUGAAUCUCUAUCCUCAUCUCACUCAAGCUACCGAUACGACCAACAUUCGUUUAGUCUUCGCUGCCGUGAAAGAGACGAUAUUACAAAACGCUCUGAAAGAUUCCGGCAUCCUCUAGAGUUGGCAGCUGACCGGGUAGUAGCGAGAUACUGGUAGAGAUAGUACAUGCCGGUACUGUGCUGGUCCUGCGACUGAAUGGACCAGUCUCGCGCUUGGUGACCGGUUACAACCUUAGAUCUUCCCGCUUUGACCCGUGAACUUUUCCUAUGUCCCGGUUGGGGGGAUAUAACGCUGGGAUGCUCUUCUCGGGCGUCUCAUUUGACAUUAUGAUCCCUUCGGCGAGUCGUCCGAGCCUUUCUCUUUUGGCCGGCUCCUCCCUUCUUUCCUUCUCCUCUUUUUCCUUCAGCCCUCUGAUUUGUCUGCACCUCAUGAUUCUCAUUGUUACCCACACGCGUUGCU